AUGAUAGACGUGUACAUUCCAGUCAGGAAUCUGAGGUCCCAGAAUAACUCAAGUCAACAAAAAGUCAUCAAUAUGACAUAUGUAUUCCGAGUUCUAACCUGUUUCAUACUUGUGAACGCAGUUGUUAUAAACGCACAAGAUUUGUAUUUGAGUUAUGGUAGAGAAGAAGGAGACGACAUUAUGACUGGAACACUUGACGGUUGUAAUGCUGUUGUGCAAUCUCCCUUUGCUGUGCCGUUCAGUCAGACAAGAUUCAGAACAAUCUACGUUUGUGCCAAUGGGCUCGUGUGUUUCAACAGAAGUUAUGAAAGUUACAUAAUUCCAGAAAACCGACAAUACAGGCAUGAUUUAGUUGGUAUUUAUUGCCUGGCUCCCUACUUCACAGAUUUGGAUUUGAGAUUCUCAGGAUCAGUGUGGUACCAGGCAUAUACGAUGGCAUCCGACGCUGAAAAUAUCAGAGAAUCCGUGAAAAAGCUUGUAAAUGAGACAUACUCUAUACAAAUAACACCGAAUUUCAUUUUCAAAGCAACUUGGAAGGAGGUCCCUUUAUAUAUAUAUGAUGGAUAUAGUUACGAGACGGUCACUUUCCAAGUUAUCUAUGUGACAGACGGAGAAGUUGCCUAUUCGUUCUUUUUCUACGAGGGAGAUUUUAUGAAGUCUGUCUCAAAUUUGCAGUUUAUCGGACUAUUGGUCAAUGGUUAUGCUGAUGGUCUAGAUGACAGUUCUGAUG